AUGAAAAGAUUACUUCACAGACCCGAAAAAAUGAGCCUAAUGGAUAUCACUAAGAUGUUCUCCAUGCUCCAGCCCAGAGAAGAUGAAGAGGACAAUGGAGAAAGCGAGGAGCUGAUCCAAGCAGUGUCUGAGGAUGACUACCAAACCCUGGAUGAUCUCCUGUCCCAAGACAGGUACAAGAAGUUCAUCAACCGGAGGAGUGGCUGGGGGGGACCCAGCACCCCGCUGCGUCUGGCUGCCACCAAGGGCCAUGUCAGGAGUGUGAAGGUCCUGCUGGCCCACGGGGCAGAGGUGGACAGCCUGGAUGUGAAGGCUCAAACCCCACUCUUCAUGGCAGUCAGCAACGGUCACCAGGAAUGCGUGAAGGUCCUCCUGGAGGCAGGAGCCAGUCCUGCUGGCAGCAUCUACAACAACUGCUCCCCCCUGCUCAUCGCUGCGAGGGACGGGGACGUGGCCAUCCUGCAGCAGCUGCUGCACCACGGCGCGGAAACCAACGUUCAAGCCAGGCUGCCUGAGUGGGCUGCCAACUCAGCAGCUUGUUCUGGUCCCCUCUACCUCGCCGCCGUGUACGGGCACCUGGAGUGCUUCAAGCUGCUGCUGCUUCACGGCGCUGACCCCGAUUACAACUGCACUGAGGAGAGAGUGAUCGCCCAGAUCAAGGAGCCCAAGACUCUGCUGGAAACCUGCCUGAGGCACGGCUGCAGGAGCGAGUUCAUCAAGCUGCUCAUUGACUUUGGAGCCAAUGUUCACUUGCCCAAUGUCGUGGUGGAUGAGGUGGCACCUCGUAGCAAGGGCCUGGAGCUGCUGCUGCAGGCGAGAGCUCAUCCCAAGUCCUUGAUGUCUCAAUCCCGGCUGGCGAUGAGACGUCUCCUGAAGCAGGCUGGCCAUCCACGUGCCCUGGGAGAGCUGGAGAUCCCGAGGGUCCUGGAAAACUACCUCCAGCACCAGCCAUGA